GGCGAGCGCUUCCGGGGCGGUGGCGACGGAGGCGGAAGUGCGGUGUUCUAGCCGGUGGCUGCUGUCUCUGGGCAGGCCGUGGGAGGCUCCCGAGGUGGGGGCCGGGCCGGGAUGGCUGCAGCGGCGGCCGGGUCCGGGAGCGGGCCCUGGGCGGCCCAGGAGAAGCAGUUCCCCCCGGCGCUGCUGAGUUUCUUCAUCUACAACCCGCGCUUCGGGCCGCGCGAAGGAGAGGAGGAAAAUAAGAUUUUAUUUUAUCAUCCAAAUGAGGUAGAAAAGAAUGAAAAGAUUAGAAAUGUCGGAUUGUGUGAAGCUAUUGUACAGUUUACAAGGACCUUUAGCCCAUCAAAACCUGCAAAAUCUUUACAUACACAGAAGAACAGACAGUUCUUCAAUGAACCAGAAGAAAAUUUCUGGAUGGUCAUGGUUGUUCGGAAUCCUAUAAUUGAAAAACAGAGUAAAGAUGGAAAACCAGUUAUUGAAUAUCAAGAGGAGGAGUUGUUGGACAAGGUUUAUAGUUCGGUGCUGCAGCAGUGCUACAGCAUGUACAAGCUUUUUAAUGGUACAUUUCUGAAAGCCAUGGAAGAGGGAGGUGUCAAGCUUCUGAAAGAAAGAUUAGAGAAAUUCUUCCAUCGGUAUUUGCAAACGCUACAUUUGCAGUCAUGUGACCUACUUGACAUUUUUGGUGGAAUCAGCUUCUUCCCAUUGGAUAAAAUGACUUAUUUGAAAAUCCAGUCCUUUAUUAAUAGAAUGGAGGAAAGCCUGAAUAUAGUCAAAUAUACUGCUUUUCUCUAUAAUGAUCAGCUUAUCUGGAGUGGAUUAGAACAAGAUGACAUGAGAAUUUUAUACAAAUACCUUACCACCUCCCUUUUUCCAAGGCACAUCGAACCUGAGUUAGCAGGAAGGGAUUCUCCAAUAAGAGCAGAAAUGCCAGGAAAUCUUCAACACUAUGGAAGAUUUCUUACCGGACCCUUGAACCUUAAUGAUCCAGAUGCAAAAUGCAGAUUCCCCAAAAUUUUUGUAAAUACAGAUGACACUUAUGAAGAGCUCCAUUUAAUUGUUUAUAAGGCCAUGAGUGCGGCUGUGUGCUUUAUGAUCGACGCCUCUAUCCAGCCAACGUUGGAUUUUUGCCGAAGACUGGAUGGCAUCGUUGGGCCCCAGCUCACAGUGCUGGCCUCUGACAUCUGUGAGCAGUUUAACAUCAACAAGAGGAUGUCUGGGUCUGAGAAAGAACCCCAGUUUAAGUUUAUCUACUUCAACCACAUGAAUCUCGCCGAGAAGAGCACAGUUCACAUGAGAAAAACGCCCAGUGUGUCGCUCACUUCCGUGCACCCAGAUUUAAUGAAGAUUCUCGGUGACAUCAACAGUGACUUUACCAGAGUGGAUGAAGACGAGGAGAUCAUCGUGAAGGCCAUGAGUGAUUACUGGGUUGUUGGAAAGAAGUCUGAUCGGCGGGAGCUCUAUGUCAUUUUGAAUCAAAAAAAUGCAAACCUGAUUGAAGUAAAUGAAGAGGUCAAGAAACUUUGUGCAACGCAGUUCAACAACAUCUUCUUCUUGGAUUGACUGAUGAUGGCUCACCGAAAGCGCAUUUAAAAAACACUCGGCAAACAUUUGGUCAUAUGCAAGUUAGUGCUCAUGUGACGGACUGCAUUCAGGACAAGGGUAAAGCAAUACUUGCUUUGAAGAAUCACAUUUCUACUCGGUCUGCUGAUCUCCCGAGGUUUUUAGAUUUUAAAUAUUUAUGUGGAAUUAAUUAAAGGUAGUUGGCUAUAUCGCUAUCAUUCCAUUCUUUUGACAUCAUGUGAAUAUUUUACUGGAAAAUAAGACUAAUUAAUAAAUUGUUAAAGUUUUUAAAA